GAAAGAGACUGAAACCCACAAGAAAAGAACUCUUCAUUUUCUGACACUAAAAACAUGUAAAGAAACACCUUGAACCGUUGAUUAUCUCUGUUUUUUCUAUGAAUGAAAACGUCUGACUCUAUUCUGGGUUUUCUUUAAAAUUUGCGAAGACUCCAGCUCUUUGUGUGUUUGUAUAUUUGUCUCUUAAAUAUGGCUUCUGGGUCACAUUCACAAGGUGUUGAAGAAGGUGUUACUGAUAAAAGUAUAAAGGAAAAGUUUUGGUCUUUAAAAUCAGCUUUCAUGUCUCGUUUUGCGGAAAUUGACGGACUUUUGUUGGCCACGAAAGAAGAAAUGGAAAUUGAGAAGAAGUCAUUGAAGAAAGAGAAGGAAUCGAUGGAAGAAAAGGCUCGGAGUGAGAGAUCGGAGAGAUUGAAAGCUGAGAUUGAGCUGAAGGAGUGUAAAAGAGAGUGUUUGCAGUUGAAGAAAGAGAAAGGAGGGUUUAAUGAGUUAUUGAGGAAUAGUGGAGAGGAUAAGAGGAUAAUAAGAGAGCUCAGAGAGGAAAUUUGUGAGUUGAAGUGUGCGAAAUUGAAGGUAGAGACUGAAGUUGAUGCGUACAAGAGUAAGUUUCAGGAGCUGGAGAUGAGGGUUUUCCUUUUAGAGAAGGAUUUGAUGUUGUUGAUUCCCGAGGAGCCUGUAAAUAAUGUUAGGGUUUCUAGGGGGGUUGUGGAAGAGAAGGUUGUUCUGAAUGAGAAUGUUGUCACUGUGAAAACUGAGGUGGUUUGCAGUGAUUCCAAUGAUACUAUUGCCGUUGAGGCAAAUGGUGAUCCUAGGUCUCACUCACCAGAGAGCAGAAACGGUGAUGUGGGGGGCCCAGGUUCGGUUUCUGGUGAGGGUUCGGGUUUGGGAGAGAGGGCUAUGAUUGAAAAUGGAAACGGCAGUGACAGGGUUGGUAAUGUGAAAGCUGAGACGAUUGCUGUUGAUAAUCAUGAGAACAUGGUUUUAGGGGCAAGUGGAGGUUCUGGGAGCAACUUGCCGGAGAAUGGAGAUGGAAACAUUGGUGCUUUAGGUGGAUGGACACGUCAGUCACCAGACAUUAUAGAGAUCAAUGACAGUGAUGAUGACUCUUCUUCGAGUGCAACUUUGAGUAGAAAAAAAUUAACCAAGCAAGGAUAUCAGCAUGAAGCAGAUUUAGGUCUGGAAGAUGUCAACAAUGAGACCAAAUUGCUCAAAAGAAAACGAACCUCCCCUUCAAAUUCUAAGGAUGAUAGUGGUGGUAUCAAAGAGCCCAGGGCAACAAAAUGCCAAGUGUUGAUUCAAGACCCUGAAAGUGCUCCUGUCAAUUAUUGUGCAGCAACAACCAUGUUUUCUGGAAGUGAUGACAGAAGAAAUAUUUUUAAUCAAUCAAGGCAAUCUCCAGCAAUUUUGAGACAAUGUGGGGAGAAAAUUACGGUUGGACAGAAUUCCCAAAUACAGCGGAGGGAGCUUGUUUUGGAUGGUUCUGAUGGUGAGCAGAGUUCCGGCUCCUCCGACUCUGAUGAUUUUGAUUUUCCAACUGACUUCUCUACAACACAAGCAAAUAGAAUCCAUAAAAAGUGGAAAUCUGAAGCCGACAUGGUUGCUGCUCUAGAGCAAGAUGUAGAACUACGUUUAAGGGCUGUUUGUGCUCUGUUCGGACAGCAGGCUGCUGUGCAGAAAUCAUCGAACUUUGUGUCAACUUUCCAAAAUCAAGGAUUUGAUGAGGUUGAUGCAGCCAGGGGUGCUGCUUUGGUUGAGUUUCUCACCAAUGGGGAUCCCCAAGGGAAGCUGAAUAAAUCAGCUUUGGAGUUGGCUGUAGAUGACCCAGGAGGCUUCCAUGAUUGCAAGAGACUGGCCAUCAAGUAUUCCAAGCAAUUAUUUGAGAUGUGGCAGGUGAAAGGGGAACCUCUUUUCUUCAAAUGAAUAGCAAAUGCUGUUAUCAGAAGUUCGCCGCGAUGGUAGCUGCUAAUCCAGUGACCUAGAAGGAUUGGUCUUUUAGGUAUUUUACUUUUCACCGGCCGUCACCUUGAGGCAUUUACAGUCUGGUGUGCAUAACUAUACGUUUUACCAGCUACAAUUAGCAGUACUUUAGGUAUGACUGGAUCCAUCUGCAUGUAGGUCAGUCUUGAGAUCUUGAAAGGAGCAGGAAUGGAAAAGAUGGAGUGCUGAUGUUUAUAUGGAUCUUAUUUUGCUAACGAAUCUUGAAGUUAUUAUAGUAAUGCCCUUUACUUGGUAA